AUUGUCAAUGGACUACUGGAGACGGAUCUCAAUCGGCGUCUGCAACGGCUCCGCGCGUUUCCGCGGUGUGCUUUUGUGACUUGCCAUUUGCAACCAGAUCGUCGUCAUCCGGGUGGAAAGAGAAAGGCGGCAGAGAAAGGACUCGCAUCCAAACAAAAAUGCCGUGAGUCUUGGAAGUUGGGUGAAUGUCGUGCGACCGAUCGCUCACUUGAAUUCUACAGUUUUGCGGUCUCACUUCUUUUCCCACCUCCCUCCCCACCCGAAUUAUUUCACAAGUGAGAUACAUUUCACAUUUGAGAUAAAGUUGGAUGCCAUAGUAGCGUGGAUCUCCCCCCGACGGAGCUGAAGUUGUGCGUGCUGUGGUUGUGAAUCAUCCAAGGGAUUCACAUCGAAUGCAUGUUAUUUUUGAAGCAAGGAGUGGAUCCGUCUCCAGCUGUGAAUCCACGAGCUGUUCCGUGUUUGUAAAUCAUCUCGGAUUUAAUUACAAGCCGACCCUGUAGCACCCUCGAGGAAGCGGUCACUAAUACAAUUCAGCAACAUUGGGACUUUUUUUUUUUUUGGAUGCCUCUGUGGAGCCAUUGUGUGAGUUUAGACUGAGCGGCUCUUACUUUACAGGCCAGUGUCUUUUAAUCUCCCCAUCACUGUUACAUUCCUCUCACUUUGACGCGAUAAUUGUGCAAUUUGUCCUUUUACAAAUAUCACAGACGCCGUCGUAAUUCCCUCAAGUGACUUAUUGCGUGUAGUGUAGUGUUUUCUUUCCACAUGGGACUAUAGCUGAGUGCACACGUCUGGUUGUCUUCCAUGCCCGUCCGGUGGUCCAUUCGAAGCUCAGUGGACCUCAGUCUCUCCAAACUUGACGGGGGCGUGCGGGCAUGGGAGAAGCGACCCCUGCUCCAGGGGCAUUCGCACCCAUGUUGGGUGUCGGGUUAGGAACCAUGCCCGCUGGGGUCAGCAACGGUCCGGCGGUGGCCACCUCCAGAGGCUCCGCGGUACCACAGUUGCACAGCGCCAUAGUGGAGCGAUUGCGCGCCCGCAUAGAGCUGUGCAGGCGGCACCACUCCACCUGCGAGACCCGCUACCAGAGGGGCCAGGCCGAGAGCUCAGACCGGGAGCACGAAAGCACGCUUCACCUGCUCAACAUAGUCCACCAAGGGCCCGGGAACCGAAAGACGAAGGGCAGCCGGGGAUCGAACCAACAACCUCCAGAGUACAGCAGGGUCAACGGAGAGCUGAAGGGCACUGGGGGCGACCAGAAGAUAUCCACGCGCAUAGCGCUUCAAGGAUCUUUACGAAGGAAGAUUGAGGGACAUGCACCAGUACAAGCACAGAAGCAGAAUGGGCUCUCCUGUGGUUUCUCUGGACCAGACUUUAAGCGGGUGCGUUUGGAUACCAGUGGCCUAGUACAUGGGGCCUGCAACCACAGUUUAACCCAGUCUCAUUCGCUGCAAGGGUCCUCCUCCAUGGGCAUGCAGAGGAAGAAUUACAUGAUGCCUCACGGUGUGGGCUCAGACAUAUUCAACAUGACCCUGAAAGAAAUGAAAAAAGAGCCCAUUGAAGUCCAGUCUUGUGGCCAGUCGAAUGCAGAGAUGAUUUUUGACUUCAAAGAUGAAGGUGGUGGUCAGAUUGACCCCGACCUCCAAGAUCUUUUUGAUGAGCUUACAAAGACUGUGCCGACUUUGAAUGACUUGGAGUUCGAGAAGAUGCUGAAGCAGGAUGAUACGUUCGGUUUGGAUCUAGGUCGGCCGAGCUCAGCAGGAGCAGCUGCCGGUCUCUGUUCCCCCAUGGAUCGGCCCAUAAAGUUGGAGCACUCCCCAGAUUUCGGCCAGGUUCAUGGUGGCUCCGCACAGCUUCGACCAGCCUCAGCAGGACCUUCUUUCACGUUGACCAGCACCUCUUCUACCACCACGUCGCAGAAAGCUAACACUCAGGCAGGCCACCCCAGGGCCCUGCCCUGCUGGCCAGAAAUAUCCCACGCAGAGCAGCUGAAGCAGAUGGCAGCAAACCAGCAGCAGCCAAACUCUCUGCUCCAUCACCACCACCAAACACCACCUGCGGGGUCGACCAACUGGGCUCCUGCCAUGAGCACCCACUCCUCCAGCAGUGCCUUUCCCCAAGACAAGGUCUCGACCGCGGCCGCACUUAGCCAGCAGAGGAUUGGCUCUCAGAGUAAAGGGAUUAACAACUGCCUCUUCAAGUCAAAUGGCCACAAUGGCUCCCACCAUUUGGACAUGAAGGGUGUAAGCACCAAGCCCACGUUGCAUUUCAGCCCCAAAGCACCACAUUCAGCCAGCCAGCCGAUGCCUGUGAUGGCAGGCUUGGUGACCAAGGCUUCAGCUCAGCAGCAACAGUCUCCAUCGACUGGCCAGAAUCAGCCACAUUCAGCUCUCCACUUCCAGAACCAACAGAUCUCCACACCAGGGGCUCUUUGUCUGCAACCCAAGCCGGUUCCUGCAGGGCUGCCAUUCAAACAGUCACAACAGCAUCAGGGUGUUCCUCCUGGUCCGAGGCUGCCAACCAAUGGGAACUUAGGAGUCAUGUCAACCCAGUCGCAGCCGCGGGUCCCAGUUCCCAACAACCAGCAAAAGGGCCCUGCCAAACCUCAGGCCAUGCAGAGACAGCUUAAUCAACAACAGCACACCAUUAGCAAUUCCGACAAAGACGAUGCACACGAUCAGUUCAAUCGUCAUCUCACAAGACCGCCGCCUGAUUACAAGCAGUCGAGAGGUAUGGUGGGAGUUCAGCAGGGAAACAUCUUUACAGGUCAAAAUUCCUCCCAGGCUUCCAGCAAUGGCCCUGAGAAUGAAAUGCAGUCCAUGUCUUGUCACCUCCCAAGUGGGCCUGGUUCCAAGAUGAAUCCGUUGGACCGCAGAUUCGGCAUUGCGGCUGACUGUCGUCCGAGUCCUUGUAUCGGCCAAUUCCAGCAGCAUAACGAUCUGAAUCGAAUUGGAUUAAAUCAAAAUAAAGCUCGGUUCAUGGGUCCAAACACGCAUGGAAAUUCUUUUGGGAUGAACAAUGUAGCAGGUGUGCAACACCAAAGAACGACAGCUGACCUGCAUUCCUCGGGGGUACCAGGACAAGGUCUCGGAGGCUUGGUGAAAAAUGUCAACAUGGGCUGGGGCUCGGCCAACAAGCAAGUGACAACUGGACUCGGUGUUCGGCGGAUACCCAAUCCUCUCCAGUCUCAGGGUGCGCAGCUGGACAUGCCAAACCUCCCGUACCAACAGAGGAUCAUAGGCCCUCCCAACCAGGUAGCUCCAGACAUUGGGAUGCUCCCGAUUAACCCUUCGAUGCGAGACACAAGACCAGGCCAGCCAAUGAUGGGAUCUCCAUCAGCCGUGGGGAACCUGAACCAGGCCUCCCCUGAACAGAGGGUACCAGCAGGCCACUUUGCAGAGCCCAGUCCCAGCUCGAGCAGCUACCAGAAUAACCGAGCCAACAGACUGACCUUUGACUUCCUCCCUGAGGGCGAUAACACAGUUCCAGGGAUCAACACAGACUCUGACUUCAUAGACUCUCUGCUCAAGUCUGGCUCUGGAAAUGAUGAUUGGAUGAAAGAUAUCAAUUUGGAUGAGAUUCUGGGCAGUCACUCUUGAAUUUGCGUCACAGAUCGCUAAAGAUCAACCCGCUGCUCAAAGUAUAGAGAUUAUUUGAAAGGUGCAAGGAGAAACAUUUGUAAAUAAUGUUCAAAUGGAAUUUUAUAAACUCAUAUUAUUUGUUAUCCAACUACAGUGUAUUGUAUUUACUGUGAAAUGAAUUUGUGUUCUGUCCUUAGUACUUUGCAUAUUUUAUUCCUGGUAUAUUGGCCGAGAAAGUACUUUUCUUUGCAGUCACUGGUUUUGUGGUCUGUGUCAUACUCAUGCUGUACUGCUGUAUAGGAUAAAAUACCAAAUUCACACUGUGAAAAGAAAACAUUGCUGUGUUGCUUUUCAAGUUCAUGUUGAUAAUCCAAGUUAAGUUUCUAAAUCUGCAUCCACUAUAUAGCAUGUUAUGGUAUUCACCUUCAGACGUUUUGCUACCAUGCACACGGAGAAUCUUGCCGCAACAAAUGUUACUUAUUGUUCAUGCUUUUUCAUUUGUGGUAGUUUUUUAUGCAACCUAAGUAAUGUAAUCACUUUUUUUCAUAUGAUAUUUAAUAAUUAUUGGGAUAGUAAUGUUACAUUAUGAUCAUACAUGUAAUUAAUAAAAUUGAUUUCAAUAAAAGAUUAAAUAAAAAGGUGCCGUUUUGGGGG